CAUUUGGUCUACAAAGAAGUGGAGAGGAGGCGGCAGCAAGAGUCUGGUGAAGAGUUUUAACCUCCUUUUCCUGUGCCCCGGGACAUCCCACUUCUGCAAAAAAAAAUUAAUAAUAAAAAAAUGAAGUCUCUGGUCAUCAAGUGCACAUGGCCUUUGCCAUUGCUGUUGUUGCUGCCACUGAAGCUGCAGGGGAACUACUGGGAUGAAAAGGAAUAUGAUCUAGAGCCAGGACUACGUGAAUUCUUUAGGGAAAUUGCGAGUACAGGGCCUACCAAACCACCUACCAAAGAAAGAAUCAUAGAAAUGAUCACUGUUGGCGAACGACCUUUGCAGGAUUAUGAUUACUGCAACUCUGAACUCAGGGCCAAGCAGAUUCACGAUAAGGGGCGCUGCUACCCAGAGCGCUACAUUGUAGGAAUGUCUUACGAAGAGCUGUCAAAAGCCUGUUACGGUCAACGAGUGCAGUGUAAGAAUGGCGUGAAAUUUUGCAGAAGAAGCAUGGAUCUAACAGACGGAGUGCGGUGUGUUUUAGAAAGUGGAGAGCGGAUGGUAGACUGCAUGUACACAACCAUCUACAUGACCGGUUAUCCAGUCGUCACGUGUCAAUGGGACAAAGAAUCCCAAGAGUUUAUUCCUAACUAUAUACAUAAUAUGUCACUGCCUGAGUAGCAGGAAAGCAUUGUACACCAGAAAUAUGUCUCUCCCCACCCUCAACAUUCUAGGUUUCUCUGAGCAGUUCUAUGUGGGAGUAGCUCACCCUUUAGAGACUGAUGCUGUUAAUCAAAACUGAGAAUGGCAGGUUUGUUCCAUUCACUCUGAUCAUGCACCUGCCUCCUUCUCUGUCCCCAAAGCACCAAAUGUCGGCCUGGGCUCUGAUCACGACACUCUAACAGGUGUUUCUAUAUAGGUCACAGAAUGAGCCAUGACGAUAAGUCUCCAGCAGACAGAUGCCAAGCACGAAGAGAAGCAGGAGGCUGGGUGUGUGAGUUCAGGUUAAUGCCUUCAGCACUUUGGAAGCUAAGCAGAAGUUCCUAAGUUUGAGGCUUGCAUGUGCUACCAGACAAAACAUAGGCAUAAUCAAGCAAGCAAACAAACACGCUUUGGAAUAGCCAUCUGGAGGUCAUCUAAACCUUUUUUCAUGUGAUUUUUCUGGUUCAGUGUGAAAAGAUAAAGUGCCUUUAAUCUGUGACUGUCUCUGGGGUGCCUAUGGGGGUUUCUAGGGCUGGAUGGCUUUUUACAUAAACAACUUCAACUUC